UCGCAUGUAUGUCGCAGUAAAGAUUCACCCGAAGGGGUGCUUUUGUUGCCACGUGUGCACAAAAAAUCCACACAAACAAACAAACACAGCAGCGGAUACGAAGCAACCACACCACGACUGACUGACUGACAACAACAACAAAGGAUGAACAUGCGGAGUGUGCUUGGUGUGGCCGUCCUGGCUCUGGUGACGAUCGCACUGGUCUCGCCGCUGGCUGUGGAGGCGAAGAAGAAGCAGAAGGACGAAAAGGAGUGCGAAGUGUGCAAGAAGGUGGUUGGCAAGGUUCUGGACAUGGCCAAGAAAGAGGGCGUUGACGUGACUGACCAGGAUGGUAUUGCCAGCCUCAUCAAGAAGCAUUGCAAGUCCACCCGCAUCAACAAGGAGAACCGCCUCUGCUACUACAUUGGCGGGUCUGAGGAUGCUGCGACAGGCCUGCUGCGUGAGGUGACAGGCCCCAUCAGCCGCUACAUGCCGCCCGCAGCCGUCUGCAGCCGCCUCAAGAAGAAGGACCAACAGAUCUGCGACCUCCAAUACGACGAGGAGAUUGACCUGAGCAAGAUUGACCUGAAGAAGCAGCGGGUGAAGGUGCUGAAGAAGAUCCUGAACGAGCAGUUUGGCGACAGCUGCAAGGGCUGCCUCGAGAAGACUGACUACAUCAAGCGCAUUGAGGAGCUCAAGGCCAAGCACCAGGAGCUCUGAGCACGUGGGCACUCUUUGUGGCACGUGGGCUGUGUAUGUUGCGCUUGGUGCUGUGUGGGGAUGGCUUGCAACGGGAACCAUAGUGACAGUGUGAGAAUGUGGUGUGGCAUGACAACCCCUGUCUGCUCACUGCCACUCACGCUUGUUUUCGUCUGUCUGUCUGUCUGUCUGUCUGUGCGUGCGUGUUUGAGUGUUCUCUCUUGCUCUGUUCGAAUCGUUCAUCUAUGUGCCCUCUCCCGUUGAAAUGUGUGUGUGUGUGUAUGCGUGAGUGCAUGUGUGUGUGUGUGCCGCUCUCGGUUCUCUCUUUCUUGAUAUGCUUGGCUCGUGCGAAGAGGUGUUACGACAAUACAUUGGCAUUCAUAUGUCAUGUAUGCUGGGG